AUGGUGUCCAAGCUCACGUCGCUCCAGCAAGAACUCCUGAGCGCCCUGCUGAGCUCCGGGGUCACCAAAGAGGUGUUGGUCCAGGCCUUAGAGGAGUUGCUGCCAUCCCCGAGUUUCGGGGUGAAGCUGGAGACGCUGCCCCUGUCCCCCGGGAACGGGGCCGACCCCGACACCAAGCCAGUCUUCCAUACUCUCACCAACGGCCACGCCAAGGGCCGCUUGUCUGGGGACGAGGGUUCCGAGGACGGAGACGACUAUGACACCCCUCCCAUCCUCAAGGAGCUGCAGGCGCUCAACACCGAGGAGGCGGCGGAGCAGCGGGCGGAGGUGGACCGGAUGCUCAGUGAGGACCCCUGGAGGGCUGCCAAAAUGAUCAAGGGCUACAUGCAGCAACACAACAUCCCCCAGAGGGAAGUGGUCGAUGUCACAGGUCUCAACCAGUCCCACCUCUCUCAGCAUCUCAACAAGGGCACCCCCAUGAAGACCCAGAAGCGUGCAGCCCUCUACACCUGGUACGUCCGAAAGCAACGAGAGAUUCUCCGACAAUUCAACCAGACAGUCCAGAGUUCUGGAAAUAUGACAGACAAAAGCAGUCAGGAUCAGCUGCUGUUUCUCUUUCCAGAGUUCAGUCAACAGAGCCAGGGGCCUGGGCAGUCCGAUGACGCCUGCUCUGAGCCCGCCAACAAGAAGAUGCGUCGCAACCGGUUCAAAUGGGGGCCCGCAUCCCAGCAAAUCUUGUACCAGGCCUACGACCGGCAAAAGAACCCCAGCAAGGAAGAGAGGGAGGCCUUAGUGGAGGAGUGCAACAGGGCAGAGUGUUUGCAGCGAGGUGUCUCCCCUUCCAAAGCCCACGGCCUGGGCUCCAACCUGGUCACUGAGGUCCGUGUCUACAACUGGUUUGCAAACCGCAGGAAGGAGGAGGCAUUCCGGCAGAAGCUGGCCAUGGAUGCCUACAGCUCCAACCAGACGCACAAUCUGAACCCCCUGCUCUCCCAUGGCUCUCCCCACCACCAGCCCAGCACCUCUCCUCCAAAUAAACUGUCAGGAGUGCGCUACAGCCAGCAGGGAAGCAAUGAGGUCACUUCCUCCUCAACAAUCAGCCACCAUGGCAACAGCGCCAUGGUGACCAGCCAGUCUGUUUUACAGCAAGUCUCCCCAGCCAGUCUGGACCCUGGCCACAAUCUCCUCUCACCUGAUGGUAAAAUGCAGAUCUCCGUCUCAGGAGGUGGUCUGCCACCUGUCAGCACCUUGACGAAUAUACACAGCCUGUCCCAUCAUAACCCUCAGCAAUCUCAAAACCUCAUCAUGACCCCCCUGUCUGGAGUCAUGGCCAUUGCACAAAGCCUCAACACCUCCCAAGCACAGAGCGUCCCCGUCAUCAACAGUGUGGCCGGCAGCCUGGCAGCCCUUCAGCCUGUCCAGUUCUCCCAGCAGCUGCACAGCCCUCACCAGCAGCCCCUCAUGCAGCAGAGUCCCGGCAGCCACAUGACCCAGCAGCCCUUCAUGGCAGCCGUGACUCAGCUGCAGAACUCCCACAUGUAUACACACAAGCAGGAACCCCCCCAGUAUUCCCAUACCUCCCGGUUUCCAUCUGCGAUGGUGGUCACGGAUACCAGCAGCAUCAGUACGCUUACCAACAUGUCUUCCAGUAAACAGUGCCCCCUCCAAGCCUGGUGAUGCCCACUCACUGCUCACUUUGUGCACGGCAACAAGGACCCCAUUUUCCGCGCCGUCACCCUCCGGGCCGCUGUCACAGAAAAGCCCUGGGGCCUGACAGGCACCUCUGAGAGGUCCCUGCCUACCUGACAUCCCGCUGGCGCCUCAGACAAGGACAAUGCGCUCGGAGGCACAGCCCAGAGGGCAGCUUCCCUUCCCUUCUAUGCAGUAUUGUCGCCACACCUCUCCGAGAUGUCAGGUACUGCCACUCGGCCUCCGGGUAGCAGACAAGAAGCCACGGAGGCGGAAGAGAGAAAGCUGUCGUGUCUACACUGUACUCCUUCAUCGAACAAACUGAUGCGAAAAACUUGAAUCUGUUACUGAAAUGAGGAGGACACAUGCUAUUGAACUGAGCCACACAUUCUGUAAAUAUCAGCAGCCUCCUGUCCCCCCCCCCAGCCCCCCCCAGCUGAUUGUGAGAUUUCUUUUGAAGAAGUAAAAUUUCUCCAAUGGGUGUAAACUAUAACCUACCGUAUGUAAUUAAGUGCAAUUGCCCCUCCAUUCCCCUUCCCCCCUACCCUGUAUAUACCACUAAAGUGUCUAUUAGUUCUCUUUGUAAAGACCAGAGUUGGAUUUUCAAAGUGAUUAUUCCCCCUCACCCUUUUCCCCCCAUGGAGAAAUAUCCCGGGUUGGAAGUGAAGCCUCCUGUCCCUUUCCCUUGGGCCUGGACACACACAGGACGGUCUGGGGCUGACUGCCAGCUCACUCCAAUCUCCUGUCAUUCAGACACAUCUCUGGAUCCAGGAGGGGCUGAACCUAGGGCCAGAGUAAUAUCCUAGCUUCCGGUGGGGGCCCGGGGUUCAGCCCCAACGCAGGAAAACCGGCUGCUGGAUAGCGCAAGGAAAGAGGACCCUUUCAGAGCGCCCUCCAUUAAAACAGUUUAUUUUAUCACUG